AGGGGCCCCAUUCCGCCCGCCGGACCCCUACAUCGCGGCAGCGCGGAAUUCUUCGAUCUCCAAUUCCAAGAAUGAAAGCAGCUCCGGUCCCAUCCUCACCAUCUACACAUUUUAAACUCCAACUGACAACAUGGGCUGGUGGCCAUCGAUAUUAGGGGGCUCCUCGUCGGCCGACCCCGUUUCAAACCUCGAUCCCAAACUUCGCGAGUUUCUUGAGAAGGAGUCGCCCGUCCGGUAUCAACAAACGCCAGCACAGGCACAACCCUCGUCGCAACCAGUACAACAUCCCACAGUCUCGAAAGCCGUCGCCGAAGCGCAACAAAAAGGAGAUGCCGACGCAAAGUCAAAUGUCCCCGCCGAAUCCCUCUACCAAGAUGGACGAUAUGCGCACUUGUGGAAGGGGUACAGGCCGCAAGCAGAGGUCGAGGCGGACGCCAUGACCGACCACGACCGGUUAAUCAGCGUCCUGGACGGGUACACGCAGAGAAAGGAGCAGAUAUCCAAAAUUGCCAUGGAGAACUGCGCCGAGACGCAAGAGGCGUGGAUCAAUUGCAUGAAGAAUGGCUCCUGGACAGAUCAAGCACAGCUCUGUCGACACCAGGUUAGGGCGUUCGAGAAAUGCUAUCAAACACAAUCACGAUUUCUACGAGCACUAGGCUACGGCGCGGUCGCGGACCGACCAGCUGCCGUCGAUGAAGACAUCCAGAUGCACGCCGACGCCCUCUACCAACGCGUUCUCGCCCACGAAGCAGCAGUCAACAAGGCCCGCGAGGAAGGUACACCAGUCCCCGUCUUCGACCCAGUCAUCCCGCGACUCGCGACACGAUCAACAGGACCGCGCGUCCAGCCGUCUGAAGAGGUGAAGAAGCAAUGGGACGAGAAACUGCAGGAGCUACCCGAAUCAGAGCGUGCGGUGGAAGAGGCUGCGCUCCGGGCGGAUUUGCAGGCCAAGUCUGAUGUGGCGAGGAACAUGAAAGACUUUUAUGAAUCCAGGAAGAAGCAGAAGCAGGAGGAGCGCCAGGAGAAGGACGUUGUGGAGGGGAAGACCGUUGCCGAGCAGCUGUGGUCCAAGUUCACAGGGCGGUAAAGGAGCGACGCGCCACGCGUGGACAGGAAAAGGUGUAUUAUACGUUGUAUAUCACUGUACAAUGCCCAUUUGAGACGGUCUUGGACAACAUGCAU